AAUUUGUGAAUUUCUUCCCUCGCCUUGCUUCAAUUAUUCAGCAGACAUAUAAAUAUGAAGCAGGAUCGCGAGAAGAUGGAAGAACGGGGAGAGGCUGAUUUAAUAGAUGACCAGUGUUGUGGGGAUGACUGAUUGCUGCCUCGUUGACUUAAGCUCCAAAGAGCUUUAGAGAAAGGCUUAACAAUGUAGACCGCGUUAAUACCACAGCGCCAUAUCUGCACCUCCUCUUGUCUUCCUGCCGUCGAGAUAAUUAUCCACGUGGACUGAAUCUGCAAGCUCAUAAAUCCAAAGCCGCUUCUUAAGAUUGUGCUAUGUUUUUGCUGUUGUGGGGCUUUAGACGUCGGCAUGUUUCAUCUUGGAAAGGAGGGAAAGAAAAAAGAUGCGAUAAAUGCGUGAGGGGGGCUGUUACGCACGGCGCGUCUCCAUCAUGACGUCGUGAAUUAGCUCAAGAUCGUAGAGGUGGAGAGAAAAAAAGGAGGGGAGUGUGGUGAAUCGCUGUUUCGUCGUUUAUGGUGGGCUUGCGUUUGUAUAUAGUGGAUGUAUGGGACUUUUUUUCUCUAUGGAUUUUUUUGUCAUCUCUUCUCUUGGCCAUGCGUAACUGCAGUACACGGAAACAAUCCGAAUGAGAGCCGUCUCGUUUUUGUAAGAUUCUGUUUAGGCACGGAGCAGCUUGCACAUUUACUGUAUAGCCAUAUUAACAGAGCCAUAAAAAUUGUUGCAAAGAUGCAUAUUUCUACCAAAUAAUCUGACACCGGGCUUUUCCCCUGGCGGGUCCCACCCGGAGGACUUACUCUUAUCUUCACUGAGCGCAUCGAAACUAAUAGAGGGCUUGUUAAUAUGGUCGGCCUUCCUCUACAGGCCAUCACGGAUUCCCUAGUCAACACCCGACGAGCAACUACCGGCAGCUUACGAUCCAGAAAUGGCACGGCUAUUGUUUCUGAUUCUUCUCUGUGCUCUUCCGUCUCUCGUUGUGCCCAUACAUAAUUCAUCAGCUGGAGGCUGUGCCAUCAUCCGGCCUCCCAGGGAUGGUGGGAUCCGCUAUAGAGGCCUAACACAAGAACAGAUCCGCAGUGUGCAGAUCCUGCCUGUGGAUUAUGAGAUCGAGUACAUCUGCAGAGGCAACCGAGUGAUCGUGGGACCGAAGGUCAGGAAGUGCUUACCCAACGGCACGUGGACAGACAUGAUGCAGGCCAGCAGAUGUUUGCUGCUGUGCCCGCGGGUGUGGACGUCUCUGGAGAACGGCAGGGUGACGGCGAAGCCUCCCGGGCCCCCCGUGGAAGGAACCGUGCUCCAUUACAGCUGCCACGCCGGCUUCAUCCUGGAGGGCAGAAACAUCAGCCAUUGCACUAAGCUGGGCAAGUGGGACGCGCCUAAACCCACCUGCCUGUAUGACAGAAACUACACAGGCAAGAAGAAGCUGUACAUCGGAGCGCUGUUCCCCAUGAGCGGAGGCUGGCCGGGCGGUCAGGCGUGCAUGCCCUCCGCUCAAAUGGCCCUGGACCUGGUGAACAACAGGAGCGACAUCCUGCCCGACUACGAGUUGGAGCUCAUCCACUACGACAGCAUGUGCGACCCAGGAGAAGCUACAAAGUUGCUGUAUGACCUUCUGUACACCGAGCCUAUCAAGAUCGUCCUGAUGCCCGGCUGCAGUGGCGUCUCCACGUUAGUGGCUGAAGCAGCUCGCAUGUGGAACCUCAUAGUGCUCUCCUAUGGUUCCAGCUCACCAGCCCUGUCCAACCGCCAGCGUUUCCCGACAUUCUUCCGCACGCACCCGUCAGCCACCCUUCACAACCCCACCAGGGUGCAGCUCUUCAAGAAGUGGAAGUGGACUCGUAUCGCCACCAUUCAGCAGACCACUGAAGUCUUCACUUCCACUCUGGAUGAUCUGGAGCAGAGGGUGAAGGAGGCAGGCAUCGAGAUCAGCGUUCGCCAGAGUUUCCUCACCGACCCGGCUGUCGCUGUCAAGAACCUCAAGCGCCAGGAUGCUCGGAUCAUCGUGGGGCUCUUUUAUGAGACCGAAGCACGGAAGGUGUUUUGUGAGGUGUUCAAGGAGAAGCUCUACGGGAAGAAGCAUGUGUGGUUCCUGAUAGGCUGGUAUGCAGACAACUGGUUUAAGAUCAAAGACCCGGCCAUCAACUGCACAGUGGAGAACAUGACGGAGGCCGUGGAGGGUCACGUGACCACCGAGAUCGUCAUGCUGAAUCCUGAAACUGUCCGUGGAGUCUCCAACAUGACAUCACAGGAGUUUCUCGCCGCCUUGAUGUCUCGUCUGGGAGGGAAGAACCCCGAGGAGACCGGCGGGUUUCAGGAGGCCCCUCUAGCCUACGAUGCAGUGUGGGCGCUGGCACUAGCCCUUAAUAAGACUGUGGCACCGCUGAAGGCUAAGGGCCGACGUCUGGAGGAUUUCAACUAUAACAACCACGACAUCACGUCCGAGAUUUACAGGGCCCUCAACACGAGCUCCUUUGAAGGCGUCUCGGGCCAGGUGGUGUUUGACGCCCAGGGAUCCAGGAUGGCAAUGACUCUUAUCGAGCAACUGCAAGGAGGCAGUUAUAAGAAGAUUGGUUACUAUGACAGCUCUCAAGGGAACCUCUCCUGGUUUGGCAAUGAUGUUUGGAUAGGUGCUGGGCCUCCGGCCGAUCGGACAGUGGUGAUUGACGAAUACAGGUACCUGUCUCAAAAGCUGUUUGCAGCCGUGUCCGUCUUCGCCGGCCUCGGCAUCCUGCUCGGCAUCGUCUGUCUAACCUUCAACAUCUAUAACGGGAAUGUCCGGUACAUCCAGAACUCACAGCCCUACCUGAACAACAUGACAGCGGUGGGCUGCAUGAUGGCGCUCGCUGCUGUGUUCCCGCUGGGGAUUGAUGGUCACCACGUCCAGAAGUCUCAGUUCCCCGUCGUCUGCCAGUUCCGCCUGUGGCUCCUCGGCCUCGGCUUUAGCCUGGCGUACGGCAGCAUGUUCACCAAGAUCUGGUGGGUCCACACCCUCUUCACCAAGAAGGAUGAGAAGAAGGAGAAGAAGAAGCAACACUUGGAGCCGUGGAAACUCUACGCAACGGUCGGGGUGCUGCUGGCUAUCGACUUCCUGUCACUCAUGAUCUGGCAGAUUGUGGAUCCUCUGCACAUUACUAAGGAGAAGUUCACUAAGGAGGCUCCUAAAGAAGAUUUGGAUGUCCUGAUUCAGCCCCUGCUGGAGCACUGCAGCUCAAAGAAGAUGAACACGUGGCUCGGUGUGGUUUACGGCUACAAGGGUCUGCUGCUGCUGCUGGGCAUUUUUCUGGCAUAUGAGACCAAGUCUGUCUCCACAGAAAAAAUCAAUGACCAUCGGGCCGUGGGGAUGGCUAUUUACAACGUUGCUGUGUUGUGCCUGAUCACAGCUCCGGUGACUAUGAUCCUGUCUUCACAGCAGGACGCCUCCUUUGCCUUUGCUUCUCUAGCUAUCGUCUUCUCUGCCUACAUCACACUGGUGGUGCUCUUUGUACCCAAGAUGCGGCGUCUCAUCACCCGCGGCGAGUGGCAGUCGGAGCAGCAGGACACCCUGAAGACCGGCUCGUCCACCAACAACAACGACGAGGAAAAGUCCAGGCAGCUGGAGAGGGAGAACAGGGAGCUGCAAAAGAUCAUCCAGGAGAAAGAAGAGAGGGUUUCGGCGCUCCGCAAUCAGCUGGCUGAACGACAGGCUCUACGUAACCGCCGCCGACCCUCUACGGGCCAGAAUCAGAACCACAAUGCCCCGCCUCCUUCUUCUCAGCCAGAUCCCAAGUCCCUGCUCCCUCCGCCCGGCUAUCCCAACCCAACCACGGACAAUCAUUCCCUCCCACCUUCCUUCUCCAACUCCUCCAACCUCUACCCAGCAGACAGCAAGAUGAGCCGCAACCACUGUCACAACAGCCAGAUCCCGCUGCUGUAUAAAUAGGUGAAACACGGGAGGGUUCGGGUGGGGGAGGCGCACACGAGGGACACAGAACAGCACGAGACACUGUGAGUUUCACUUGUUUGGGCAACGAGCACAGCGGAGUAGUGACACUGUUUUAAAACACGGCGUGGAAGCUGAAAUGAGUACACGGGAGUGCUUUAUACUCGGGGAGAGUCACACAGGUAACACCCAUCCUCUAAGUUUUGAUCUCACUGUGUUCAACCCAGAAACACGGCGCACGCGGUGGCUCGACGUGGCGACAAGCACAUCUAAGACUAGCAGCACACGACGUCUUUUUCAAAGAUCAAGUGAACAAUAGUCUCUUAAUCAUUCCGCUCCCUCAUUUGUUAUCUGGUUUCGUUGUGGAGACGCAGUGUCGAGGAUCUUCAAAGGAUGUGUUUGUGUCUUUGCUAUAUCGUCUCCACAUUUUGUCUCUCGGGUUCAUUAACUAGACAGACAUGCGGUAGUGAUUUAUAUUGGUCUGUAAUAUUUGAUUGUUUUGUCAUAGAGUUGUUGUUCUAUUCUCUGUUAAGCUUUCAGGAGAGUUGUGAAAACUGAAAUUUGCAAAGGGACAAAGCAAUGUACAGUUUUGACUUUUUUUCCCCCUCUAGUGUUUCCUCUAAAAGCAGCCGAGAAGCUCAGAAGCGAAAAAUGUGCAUUAUUAAACAGCCAUAAUUUAAAACGGCCAGGGAGCUAAGCAUGCAUGGAUGUCUGUUGUCAGGACUGUGUGUUCAAGUACAAAACUGCAUUUUAAUAAGCUAGUUCCUUAUUAGACCCAUGUUGAAGAAGACAAUGAUCAAAGUUACUGAUGAAUGAGGACAGUUUUGAUAGCUUUGGGGUUUGAAAUCAUAUUUUACAAUGUAUUUUUUGAAGUUUGUGUUUAUUUAGCAGUACAGUACAGUAGGAGACAUCAAGUCAAGUCACAUCAAGCCUGCAUCUAACGUAUCUUGCAGAUAUUGUCCUUCAGGGUCGUCCUCUUGUGCACUUCUGGAUCUUAUCCAGCACUGAUGCUGACCCUACUUUCAAAUCACCAUUUGGAGCCCUUAGCUUCAGUGGGGCCAAACACCAGUUAUCAGUGGAAAUACACUCCGUGUGCAGUUCUGGCAGUCCAGGAGGUCAGGAGUGCAACCAGGAUGUUCAUGAGGAGUGAAAUUUUCCGAACGUUUAAAAGGUUAAACGCAGUAAAUCUUUCGUUCUGUCAUCGUUUAAGCACAUAAAGGAUUAAAGACCGUGACAUCGCCUCCUGAGGGUCAGCUGUUUUUCUUGGCAUUUCAAGGGUUAAACACUGUAAAUUUGUCACUCAGCCAGAUUUAGCUCCUUGGAAAUCCAUCGUCAGCCCCAAAAUAAAUGGUGAAGCAUUAGUGUUCUGAUACAUGGAAGCGCAUAUAUGAGGUUGAAUGGUCCUUGGACAGAGAAUGGAAGUGUUCCAGAUGUGCACAAGGAGACUGCAUUGAAUGGGAUAUCAGACAGUUUGAUUUUUAUCUGUGGAGUCCUGGAAACAUUUGAUAUGAGUAAUCACCAUCACUUACCAUGAUGACCAAGGCCCAGCUGUCUAUUCUGGCUGCCUAAUUUCACGGGGUACAGUUAUCCGUCAAACACAUUCAUAUACAGUCUACAAAACUGGAGCCAUCCAAAUUCCAACAUACUUAACAGAAGCACAGUCUGUACUUUCUGCCUUUUGUAAAUCUAAACCACUUUAUGUUUGGACAGCAGUGAAACGUUGAGGGCUUCUGUGAUGGCUAUUACUGUAGAUAUGCAGAGAAAGCACAAUUUUUUUAUACCUGUAAAUCUGUUACCCGUCAUACUUGUAAACUUCGUUUUUUGUGUCGUAUAUAUACGUACAUGAAUUUUUUCCUUUUUCCCACAGACGAUUGGGAAUGAAGCUAAUUUAUUUUCUUCAUCUUUUGCCUUCAGCUAAGUGGUGAAAGCAUCCAUGAAGGACUUAAAGUAAUGUGACAUAGUGUAUUUAUUCGGCAGUUAAUGCGGAUGUACUAUUUCAUUCAUGAGCUAUUUCCAGAUUUUAUAAAGCAAUGACGCCUGAAUGACGCUGUUAGCAGGUAACACAACACUUUGUCAAAUAUUUUUAAAUAUCUGUAAAUCACAGUGUGCACUUUAAACCGAACAAACGAUUCCACUCUGUGUCGCUGUUACUCGGUUUAGCUCAGGGUUUGGGGGAGGACCGUCAAAGUCAACUUAAAUGAAUGAAAUAGGCCAUAUUUAUUAACUGUGCAGUACCUUGAUCACUUGAUAGUGUAGUAUAUGAAUGCAGAAAUUACUUCAGAAAUGUUCUAUUAUCUUGCACAUAUAUAAGAAUAUACAUGGAUUUGGGGAUAUUUGUAUUCACUAUAUCUAAGAUAUUAAAUGUUAAUAUAUUUCAGAGUAUGUGUAUGCAGAUAUAUGGGUACCAUAAAUAAAAUAUUUGUUUUUUCACUGGG